GUUUGAAGUGUCAUCAAGGUUACCUGGACCCUCCCGGCCUAUCAGCUGUUUCCUAGUUUUCAUCGAAACAGCUGAUUGUCAUUCGUGGCGUGUAGCUUAUCAAUUAAGCGUAACAAACUAGAGAUAUAAAAGAUGCAUGAAUUGUGGUUCUCAACUCUUAUUUACAAGAACAAAGCAAUAGCUUUGACUUAGGACGUCUGGAACAACCUCUGUGAAUACAUGCAGAGCUAUUUUAUUAAAUAUCCAAAUUAAUACUAAAUUCCGAAAUUUUUAAGCAUGAUUGACAAUUGUUCUCUAGAAAAUACACUAAGUAGGUUUAGGUGUUAGAGUACCACUAAUCUCCCAAGUCCCUAGCUCCAAGUUAUGUGGUAGCAACCAAAGUCCUGGUGUCCUACAAUGUAUAUGCCGGUUCAUAUUGUCUCAGCAAUCUAAAAUCUAUAGAGGAUUAGUCGAAUAUAUAGAUGGAACUAGCAUCGGGGCACCUAGAACUAAUAAGACUGAAGGGGAUAAAGCGUUUACCAAGGCAGGUUGCUUGCUCGAUUAACUCAUUCUUUUAGGAUAAUUGUUGUGAUGACGUUCGGCGAAGCUCUCAGUGCGAUAAAUUGACGCUAACCAUCGAAACACUUUUCGUCGGAGAAAACUGCUUAGAACACUGUGGAGAUAACCAGCUUCCUGUCUAUGUUAUGGAACAAUGGACAGCCCAAGUCCUCCCUCAGAAGUAAUUCGACUAUACUAUUAAUGUGCUCGCACCUUCUGUUUAUUUUUUUUUGUUAUUAUUCUGUGCCUUGUGUAUUUAGAAGGUUUUAAUCUAAGGCAAGCUACCUGAAUUUACUAGUCAUAAUAUUUAUUUUAAAAUACGCUCAAAUUUAUUUCAUCUGUUGUUUUAUUUGAAACUUUCAGCUCUAAAAAUAAGGGAAUCUCUAUUUCCGAUUGUCAGAUUGAGCUCUUGGACUACAUACAGACGUCCCCUUUAAUGACUGCAAUCAAAGAGCCAGGUCGUCCUCGCAGAUAUAAGCUUACUCACAGAUCCUAUGUAUGCGAUCGCAUUUCACAUGUGGGUGAUUCUUUUCUUAUGGAUGCAUCAGAUAUACUGAGUAUGAACUGUUUAAGUGACAGGAAUAAAAACAGUCAAGACGAUGAUCAUGAUGGUAGUUCAAUUUCAAAAAUAGUUCGUCAGAUGGAUGGUUGUGAAAGUCCUAUUAAACGAGUUUUCACACCUGUUUGUAUCAGUGAAAAGGAACUUUUACACAUCAGUGUUGUAACAUUAAAACACCUUCCUCAGCAGUUUCUUGGUUGCCCACUUUGCCUAGAUCCAACUUACUUAACAAAUAAAGAUAACUUCACUAUGCUUAGUCGUGCUAGAUGUUAUUCACCUGAGACUUUUGUAGACUUGGAUGUUUGUAAAAAGAACUCUGCACUUGUUCCGCAUAUAACUUACGGGAAGCCCAAUGUUCAUCCACCAAACUUUCUUAACUUACCUAAAUGCUCUUCAAACGAAGUUGUCAGAAGUCCUAUUGUUGUCAUGGCAGAUACAGAAGAAAGGUUUAUGCAAUCUACUUUUGACAACCCUUUUUACAACAUCCUACGACCCUGCUCUUCUUGGGAUUGCACCGAAUCAGGUCACUCGACUUUAACAAAAAAGUCAUCUCGUUUAACUGACUCCAACAGAAUAUACCAGAUUCCUCUAGAGUCACCUCCCCGUAAACAGCAACGUAUCAGUUGUUACGCUCAUGAACUUACUUCCGAAACAAAAGAUUCAGAUGACUCCAAUGAACUACCCUCUUCCGUCACCCCUACCAUAAACAAAACUCCAGGAGUCCAACGUGAAGGCUGUAUUAACAAAGUGAUUGCAGAAUUCACACUACUAAAUGUUGAGCGUGACCUAAUUAUGAACUCAGUUGACGAUUCAAAUCUCGGUUCAGCAUGUAUACCACCUGUUAAUGCGUGUUUUUCUUCCUUCGAUGUGCACAGAGACUCCAUACAAUGUAACCAACUCAGUUAUAGUACGUCUAAAAAGCGUGACCACGCAUCUGAAUCCCAGCUAAGCACAGAUUCAGAGAAUUCAGUACUAUUAACAUCACCGAGUGCUAGUUCUCAACCGGUGCCUAGACUAAGCAGGAGACGAAACGCUACUUCCGCUUCCGUCUGGCCUUCAUCAUCAUUUCAUAACGACGGCACUCCUUUCUUCAACCGCCGUACUGGAUUGCCUUUACAAUCAUCUCCGGUUCCUCUCAAAAGAAGUACAAGUGGAAAGUUUGAUUUCGAUUUAUCAUUGAAUCGCAUGAAAGCAUCUAGAAGCUCUAUUUGUAUGGUAUACAAUCAUAAUUUACAAAACUCCAGUGAUAUCAAUACAGAUCAUAGUAAAGAACCUUCAUCAGGGGUGGACGUAUUAAAAUCAGACAAGAAAUUCAGUAGUGCAACUGUUCCUACUGAUAAUAAUAGCAGUGAUAAUAAUGAGAAUAGUAGUCAUAAAUCAAAUCAAACUAUGACAUCAUUUCGUCGACGACCAUCUAGUCUACGAUUUACAUCUCAAUAUCAAGAACAAUCAUAUGAACGUAAUACUAUUAGUACAUCUAUUGCUGGUAGUUCUAAUAAUCGACAUACAUUAGCAGGUGCAAGACGACGUAAUUAUCCUAUAGAAAUGAAUUCAACUGAAUUAAGUUGUAGUGCACCACCAUCUGGAGGUCGUAGUUUUCAACCGCAUAAAAAUAUAACAAAUCGUUUAGCAAAUACAAUGGCAUGUACACCAGUACCACAUGGUAGUUCACAGCAUUUGUUAGUAAAUUUUGAAGAAAGUAUGCUCAAUGGACGUAUACAUCCAGUUGGACAAGUUGAAGGAUUUUCAAUUGAAUUAGGCGCUAGUGGUUCAUUCUAUCCAAAUCAUAUACGUCUUCCAAUGAAAGCAUAUUUUUUUAAUUUAUCCGAUGAUAAUGCACCGUCACCUUAUUUAGGCUAUGCUGAUUUAAAACAAUUACCUAAUAAUAAAGGUUAUCAUAUACCAAAGAAAGGUUCCAUUCAAUUAACUUUAUUCAAUCCAACUGGUCUUGUCGUAAAAAUGUUUGUAAUUGUAUAUGAUUUAGCUGAUAUGCCACCAAAUUGUCAAACAUUUCUAAGACAACGUACAGUUUAUAUGCCAAUACAACAACAACAACAUCAUCAUCAAUUUGAUUCAUCUCAAAUGAUCUCAAAUCAAAUGAUGAAUACUACCCAAUCAACAUCUUCCAAUUGUCCUCUUCAUAAACCUUCAUAUAAAUUGACACCAUGUCAAACCACUACACAUACCCAAAUGAAUCAUUCAGAUUGUAAUAAUAGUCUUAUUACACCUAGUGGAUCGGUUAAUACAUCAUCCAAUUGUACUAUAGAUCAUUUAUGGAAUAUAUCAUCAAAAUCAUUCACUGAACCCAGUACACCAUUUCUAUCCUUUUCAUCACAAUCUUCAUCAUCAUGUUCAUGUUCUUCUAUUGCAUCUAUUUGUUCAUUAAGUUCAUAUGGUUCACAAAGUGCUGUUAAUAAUAAUAAUACUACUCAUACUACUGGUAUAUCAUUGAAUACACGUAAUGAAUUACCUGCCUACUUACGAUAUCUAGUUCAUUUAAGAUUUCAUACAACACGUUCUGGUAAAUUAUACCUACAUACUGAUUUACGUUUAAUAUUUUCACGUGAUAAAUUUGAAUUUGAUCCACGUAUAGCAACUUAUGAAUUACGUUCAUUUAUUGAUGCACCAUCAAAUCCACGUUAUUCACCUAAAAAAUGGUCAACACGUCAACAACAACAUCAUCAUCAUCAUCAGUAUACAACAAAAUAUCGAAAAUCAAUAAAUCAUUGAUCUAUAUCCCUUGAUCAAAACAAAAAAAGUUACCGAUUCCGAUGGAUGGAUCAAUAAAAAGCACUCAAAGAAACUUUUAUUGAUUUGCUUAUUUUCAUAAACCAUUCAAGUAUCUAUCGAUCUAUAUAGAUACUACUUAUUUCCAUCUAUGUUUGUUGUUCAUAGGCAUGGGCUCCAGUUCUCAUUAUUUUUUUGUGUGUGUGUUUAUUUUCUUACUGUGAUAUCUAUAUUUCCUUUGGCAUAUUUACAGUAUACACCCAUUUAUAUAUCUUGCUUUUUAUUUCUCUUUAUUCUUUAAUAUACUACUUAUAUACUGUCACAGUUGUGCAUUUUUGUGCCUAAAUAUUCGGUGAUUACUGUAUAAUACUACUACUACUACUGCUACUACCACCCCUAAUAGUACUACUACUACCACUACUAUUGCCACUACUACUACCACUACUAUUACCACUACUACUACUACUCCUACUACUACUACCACUAUUAUUACCACUACUACUACUACCACUACUCCUACUACUACUACCACUACUACUACUACUACUAUUCUAUCUGUUUAAUGUUAAGUUAAACCAUUUAGAAAUUGUAUAAUACAUCAUAUCUUUCUGAUUAUUGUUUAUCUACCGAUUUAUCAUUUUUGGUUUGUUUGAUAAUAUUCACUUUUACUGUUUUGUACGCCUUUGAUGAAUUCUACAUAGAUACAUCCUCUGUUGGGGAAGAACUCAAUAACAUAACAUUUUCAUGUAUGUAUGUAUGUAUGUAUGUAUGUGUAGUAAUGGAUGGUUAUUUUCCCAAUAAUGUUAAACCGGGCUUGAUUUUGCAAUGUUCUAAUGUAUAUACUACUACUAUCAUUACUAUUAUAAUUGAUAUUGUUAUGAUCACUUAUAUCCACAUUCAAUUAUCCUUUUACACUUUCUUUCGUUUGUUAAUCAUUUGUACACUUAAGCACACAUACACAUACAUAUACACACAGACCAUCUGACAUACAGUUCGAUCAUAUUGACCAUUUCGUUAGAGAAUAAUGGUCGGCGGCCUAUGCUCCAUUGGGAGUAACAGGUGUAAGUAAAUAAGUAAGAAUGGCAUCUAAUGUGAACUCAUACACAGAAAUGCUAGUCAGUGAUGUUUAAUUGAUUUUAUGAUUAUUAUUACUUCUACUGUCAUUGAUCCCUUAGUGAUUAGUUCUUUUCUUUUACUUUUUUCACUUCUGAAAUGAUCUUACUAUGUCGUUAACUUCUUGUUGUUGUUGUCCCUCAUUAUGGAAAGUUGUCCAUGUUUUUGUACUGGGAUGAUCAGAUGUUUAUUUGUUUUUGUCUUUUAAACUGGAUCAAUCAAUAAACCUAAUAACUCUUUGUGUCUUUCAUCAUUGUAAACUGUUAAAAAAGAAACACCCAGAUGAAGUUGGGGUGUUUUCUUUUUUUUUACCUUUUAGAAGACUUUCUAUCUAUCAUUGUGCAUCUGGAUGUUUGGAUUUGGAUGCGAUUUAUGUGGGUGUGUAUUUCUCUUAUUCAUUCCCAAAUCGAAUCACUUACCCCACUACUACUACUACAUGACGCACACAGAUUAGAUACUAAACUUAAUCAUUUGUAAUCUAUAUUACAAUCUUAUUCAUAUGAAUGAAUGUACUCACCCUUCUUUUUUCUUCUCCCAAUCGUGUAACGUUAAGACGUUAUGAGGGGUGUAUUUUACAUAUACAAACAAAUGGUCGGAUUUGUAUAGUUAUAUUGAUGUCGAUGAUGGGAUGGGGUCGGUAACCUCAUACCCAACCCCUCCUUUACCACGGGGGGCUUGAGAUACUGGCAGUAGCCUCCGGAGGAGCUACAGACGGAGUUAUCUUUAUUUAGUGAUUGGUAAAUAAUUAUUAACUAUAUUGAUCGAUGAAUGAUUGAAUUAUGAUGAUCAAUGAAUGUAUACUAAAUAAUGAUAUUGUAGAAAGAGAUCAGUUCUACACUCACCAACAUACAUGGAUUUGUUUACCAGAAUUGAUUUUAUGAUCAAUUACAUUGGAUCAAGUUCCAUUUACAGACUAUUCAUUGAUUUGUCAGCAUUGUUUAACAUACCUCUUUCGCUGUGUGUGUGUGUGUGUUUGUAUGUGCUCAAUGAGUUUAUAUUCUCAUUGAAUGAUUGAUUGUAUCAAGAUCAAUCAUCAUUCAAUGUUAAGAAGAGAGAUACUUGUUCUUGGUUCUUUGAUUCUUUAUCUCCAAUAAUCGAUUCAUCCGCACACACACACAUGUAUACUCAUUCGCUCACUGAUAUACUGUGAUGCAAUUUGUUUGUCUUGUUUUGUAUAUCUAAUCUAUGCCUUUAUUAACUCAAUAUGAGACUGUAUUGUUUAACUACCUUCAUUUGUGUGCUUCAUUUGAUGGGUUAUUUUAUUGUUGUUGCUGUUUUUUUGUUUUCUUUCAGUUUUUCUUCUUUUUUUUUCAUUUUGUUUAUCUAUUGAUAUUUAUUUUUCUUUAUUUUUAUUUGUCGAGAAAAAAAUUGAUUGUCACAAUG